AACGCGGUACAAACGCAGCUGACCCUUGUCGGUUGGUCUCGGGAGAGGGGGCUGGGCGAGGGGCCCAGAAGUAAAAGAAGUUUGGGGGCUAAAGUGAGGCCCUGAAGAGGUCGCUGUAGGUUCAGGAGAGAACCAGGUGCUAACAAGAGACAAGAUAUGAAUGAAGAAAGAGGAGUUUCCAGGACCUAGAUAUUGUUAUUUCUGGGGAUACUUUGGCGACUGUUAUAUCUAACUAGAAAUUUCGGUAUAUCCAGAAGAGACAAAGACAGAGCCUCUGCGUUGCCAGCUAUUUUCAGAGAACAGAAGAAAAUGAUCCAGGCCCAGGAAACCCUGUCAUUCAAGGAUGUGGCCGUGGACUUCACGUGGGAGGAGUGGCAGCUCCUGGCCCCUCUUCAGAAGGACCUGUACCGGGACGUGAUGCUGGAGAACUAUAGCAACCUGCUGUCCGUGGGGUAUCGGGUCAGCAAACCAGAUGCACUGUCCAAGUUGGAACGAGGGGAAGAACCGUGGACAAUAGAAGAUGAAAUCCACAGUCAAACCUGUCCAGAAACUGGCAAAGUUGGUAAUCAUCUGCAGGGUGACUGGGAAAAUCAAAGAAUGCUGGAAGGUAUAGAACGAUACCAGGAACAUAAUGCAUUUGGAAAUCCUGUUCCUCAAAGCAAAAGUCAUUUCUCUUUCAGGCAAAAUCAUGAUAUGUUUGAGUUCUAUAUAAAAACUUUGAAAUCACAUUUAAGUUUAGUCAGCCAGGGCCAAAGCUAUGAAAUUAAGAACUCUACUAAAUGUAACGGAGAUGGGAAAUCAUUUCUGCAUGGUAAGCAUGAAGAAUUUAAUUCUCCAGUUCAAUGCCCUGUACGUGCAAAACCCAUCAGUAGUAAGUCCCAAGUCAUUAAGCACCAAGGAACUCACAACGUAGAGAAAGCCCACAUAUGCGGUGAAUGUGGGAAAGCCUUUGUUAAGAAGUCUCAGCUCACUGACCAUCAGAGAGUUCAUACAGGAGAGAAACCUUAUGGAUGCAGUAUGUGUGCAAAAGUAUUCUCCCGAAAGUCCAGGCUCAAUGAACAUCAGAGAAUUCACAAGAGAGAGAAAUCCUUUAUAUGUGGUGAUUGUGGAAGAGUCUUCACCAUGAAGAGCCGUCUGAUUGAACACCAGCGAACUCACACUGGAGAGAAACCUUACAUAUGCAGUGACUGUGGAAAAGGCUUCCCAGGGAAGCGUAAUCUCAUUGUACAUCAGCGAAAUCAUACUGGAGAGAAAUGCUACGUAUGUAGUGAAUGCGGAAAAGGCUUCACUGGGAAGAGCAUGCUUACUAUACACCAGCGAACUCAUACAGGAGAGAAACCCUACAUCUGCAGUGAAUGUGGAAAAGGCUUUACCACAAAGCACUAUGUCAUCAUACACCAACGAAACCAUACAGGAGAGAAACCCUACAUAUGCAAUGAAUGUGGGAAAGGUUUCACCAUGAAGAGUCGUCUGAUUGAACAUCAGCGAACUCAUACAGGAGAGAAGCCGUAUGUGUGCAAUGAAUGUGGAAAAGGCUUUCCCAGGAAGAGUAAUCUGAUUGUACAUCAGAGAAAUCAUACAGUAGAGAAAUCCUACGUAUGUGAUGAAUGUGGAAAAGGCUUCACUGUGAAGAGCAUGCUCAUCAUACAUCAACGAACUCACACUGGAGAGAAACCCUACAUCUGCAGUGAAUGUGGGAAAGGCUUCCCAUUGAAGAGUCGGCUUGUUGUGCAUCAGCGAACACAUACGGGUGAGAAACCUUAUAGAUGCAGCGAAUGUGGGAAAGGCUUCAUCGUGAAUAGCGGACUGAUGUUACAUCAGCGAACUCACACUGGAGAGAAGCCCUAUAUAUGCAAUAAGUGUGGAAAAGGUUUUGCCUUUAAGAGCAAUCUUGUGGUACAUCAGCGAACUCAUACUGGAGAGAAACCCUUUACAUGCAAUGAGUGCGGAAAAGGCUUCACAAUGAAACGCUAUCUCAUCGUACACCAGCAAAUUCAUAUGGGAGAGAAGUCCUAUAUAUGCAGCGAAUGUGGAAAAGGUUUUGUCAUGGAAACAGAGCUCAUUUUACAUCAGCAAAUUCAUACUGGAGAGAAACCUUAUGCCUGCAAUGAAUGUGGCAGAGGCUUCACUGUGAAGCCGUCUAGUCGUUCAUCAGCGAACUCAUACAGGAGAGAAACCUUUUGUAUGCAGUGAAUGUGGAAAAGGCUUCUCCUCAAAGAGGAAUCUCAUUGUACAUCAGAGAACUCAU